AGACAACACCCGUUAUUACCAAUCAUUCCACUUUGCACAAUCCAUUCUCAGCCUGUGAUACUGUGGUCGGGUGCGCCACUGUGUUCUUACCGGAGGAAAAUUCCAGUUCCUCUCCGCUCACAUCCAGCACCGCAUCCUCAUCUCCUCGAAUUUCCCCUCAACCUCGCGACGGUGAAAGCCACAUGGGCGUCACUGUGAGGUCUUCCGUCAGCAUUAUGUCCCCCACUCUCUUUCAAGACACGUGUAGUGCUGCCUCAUCGAGCGUUCUGCCACUGUGUGUCGAGGUCCCUUUGACCCCGUAAGCUAGCCACCAGCAUCUUCGAACUGUAAUUUGUUGUUGAGCCCGAAAUGGCAGAGCGCCUCCAUCCCUGCGACGAUGAGGCGUCCACACCCCUUCUUAGCACGCCCUUGUCUCUGUCCACCAUCACACCAGAUCACUUGCCGCCCCGACCCACCACCCCCACCCUCACCGUCACACCGCCCUUCUCUGAAGCCUCACUCUCCACUACCAGCCUGCCUCAGCCGCACAUUAACACGACUCCCAUCACCAACUCCUUACAAACAGCUGCCACUAGCUCUCUGCCAUCGUCAUCGACAUGCACCAACACCACUUACUGCCUGUCUUCGCCUGUGACGUGUUCCACCAGCUUGCCCUGCACUGUGACAGUAUCUGCGGGCAUCUCUCAGUCUCUGUCAGAUGUUUCUAUCUCUUCCACGAUGUCCUCGAACUCUCCCUCUGCCACGCCCCUGCUUGUGCCCAUGUCCUCUUCCUUUGCACCUGUGAUCUACCUCCGCCAAAACACUCCCGAGACCACCCCGGCCGCUUCCCCCGCCGCCUCUCCCACCAUCCCCUGCAAGCCCUUCCCCGAACCCCUCCCUCCUUCCGACCCUGCGCCGGGAACAGCCACAACUACCCAUUUACAACAUGACCCCCUGACGACACCCCCUAACAACUGCGACAGUUCCUUCAUCCCUCCCGCGCCUUCGACGGAUCCCACUGACUCCUCGGAUCCGCUCGACACGGAAACUGGCGACGACGAUGGCGAUGACGAGGAAGCGAGUAAGAGCGUAGGAUGUGUGGGGGGACUAACGCGCAGGGUGACACACCGACCCUCUCUGCUCACCCCUGCACCCGAACAGCACCAACGACGUGCUUCCCUGCUGUCCACGCUCUCCGUGUCACCCAGCACGGGGAGGCGUCCGUCUCUUGUCUCACUGCUGAGCGUCACGCCAUCCCUUGCCGCACGCCGUUUCUCCUUCAGCAUCGGUGCUCACGCCCGGUCGGACCAGAUGGUGUCGCUGAGCUUCAAGUCUCUAGAGUCGUACAUCUCGGAGGAUAACCUGUCGGGGCUGCAGUCCUUCCUCGCCUCCCGCUCCGUGGUCAUCGACGACAAGGACGAGAAUGGCUCGACGGCGCUCAUCCUGGCGGCCAGCAAGGGCAAGCCGGAGUUCUGCAAGGAGUUGCUGCUGCACGGAGCCGACGUCAACGCCGAGGACAACGAUCAAUGGUCGGCCCUCAUUACGGCAGGGGAUGAGGAGACGGUGGCGACACUCCUCGACAAUGGAGCCAACAUUAAUGCAAAGGACAUGGUGAGUUGCACAUCAUGUUAACCACUUCAGAUAUAUCUUCUGAGUCACACGAACCUGGCCAGACUGCUCCUGGCGCGGGGAGCGGACUCUAACACGCAAGGGCAGCACCACAUGAGCUCCCUGGUGUGGGCGUCCGGCAGGGGCCACACGGCCAUCGUCAGGGAGCUCCUCAUACACGGGGCCAAGGUCAACAUCGGCGACAAGUUCGGCACGACGCCGCUCAUCUGGGCGUGCCGGAAGGGCUACUACGAGAUCGCCGAGGAGCUGCUCAAGCACGGAGCCAGCGUGGAUGCAUCCGGGAUGUACUCUUGGACACCAUUACUGGUAGCAACAAAGGGCAACUAUGUAGAUUUGGUGAAUCUUCUGCUGGAACAUCGGCCCAACCUUAAUGCCCUAGAUAAGGAAGGUGGCACAGCCCUUACCAUAGCUUGCAAGGAAGGUUAUACCGAAAUUGCAACAGCUCUACUCAAUGCUGGAGCCUAUGUCAACGUACAGGAUAGAAACUGUGAUUCCAACCUUAUUCAAGCAGCAAGAGGAGGCCAUAAAGCAGUCGUAGAGGCAUUGCUUAAAAAGUAUGCAGAUGUAGACAUGGUAGGGAAGGAAAGGAAAACUGCACUUUAUUGGGCUGUUGAGAAGGGUCAUACUUCUGUUGUGAAGGUGUUAUUGAGUGCCAACCCAGACUUGGAGCACACCACUAAGGAUGGAGACACAGCUCUUCUCAGAGCAGUGAGGACCAAGAAUGCAGAGGUGGUGCAGCUGCUGGUAGACAAGAGGGCACGAGUUUCUGUAGCAGAUAAAAAAGGAGACACUGCUCUUCACAUAGCCAUGAGAGGUCGAUCUAAGAGGAUAGUAGAAAUUUUAUUAAGGAACCCAAAGAACAGUCAACUUUUGUAUCGUCCUAAUCGUUCUGGUGAGACUCCAUACAAUAUUGACCUGUCAAAUCAGAAGACAAUCCUUGGGCAGAUCUUUGGUGCCCGUCGUUUGAACACAAAUGAGGACAACGAGAACAUGUUGGGUUAUGACCUCUAUUCUUCCUCUAUGGCAGAUAUUCUUAGUGAGCCAUCUCUUUCAAUGCCUAUAUCUGUUGGCCUUUAUGCUAAAUGGGGUUCUGGAAAGUCUUUCCUUAUUCGCAAGCUCAAAGAGGAGAUGUGUAGUUUUGCUCGCCAGUGGGUAGAACCUCUAUUCCAGUUCUCCCCUUUGGUGGUGCUGGUAGUGGUGCAUCUCUCUCUUUUGGUGGGACUCAUUGCUGCUGUUCCUACUAUUUCAUGGGAGAUAGGGUUGGCUGCAGGUGGAUCAGUGUUCCUCGUCAUUACACUCUUCCUUGUGGCAGUCUGGCAUGGCUCUAGAAGAUAUGACUGGCAUCUAUGGUAUAGAUGGAGUGUUGCAUUAGCACAUCAAGUGGCAGCCUUUAAGUUAGUUCUUCAGGUAAUCUUCUGUUCACCUCCUGGACCACAGUGGAAAGAGUGGAAGGAUGGAGUGCAAGCUAGGCCUCUUAAGUUCAUUUUUGCGGAGGGAGCCAAGCCCAGCAGUACAGCAGGGGGUGAAAACUCAGUGGUGCAAAUGUUAGGAUCUCUCUUUGACAUGGUAGAAAAAGAAUAUGGCAUGUUUGCUACCAGAUUCUAUCGGGCAUUUAGACCUAAACCUCAGGGUGUAUCAGCACCAUGGAAAUAUCGCCGGUUAUGCUGUAUGCCUUAUAUUGUUAUCUUCUUUGUCACUCUCUUCUGUCUUGUAACAGUAUUUGUAAUUGGUGGACUCUUUGGGUUCCAUGAACAAACAUAUGACAAUACUACUGAAUCAAGUAUUUCUAAAAGAGAUUUAACAGAAGAUGAGGAUGAUGAUGCAAGCGGAGAAUCUAGUGAAGAAGCCCCAUAUGUUGACACGCGACCUUACCAUGGCGCUCUCAUGAACCCUCUGUUGAUCACUUUGGGAGUCUUGGCUGCAGUGGUUGUUGUUGCCAACCUGCACACCCUUGCCAGGAUGUUUGGUUCACUCAUCUUCUCUCACCGUCGCCACCUCAUCCGCCGUGUGGCAAAGCUUGAUACCAUCAAAGCUGAAGGUUAUCUGCAAACCCUCAAGAGUGAGGUCAACCUUAUGGUGGAAAUGGUGAAGUGCCUAGAUGCAUUUACGGCGCAGCAAACAAGACUGGUGAUUGUGGUGGACGGGUUAGACAGUUGUGAGCAGGAGAAGGUGCUGUCUGUUCUAGAUGCAGUACACACACUCUUCACUGACUCCUCAGCUCCUUUCAUCAUUUUACUUGCCAUUGAUCCUCACAUCAUUACCAAAGCUAUAGAGCUCCAUGUUCAUCGGGUAUUCAAUGAAUCUUCCAUCAGUGGGCAUGACUACCUUAGGAACAUUGUCCACCUGCCAUUCUACCUGCAGAACUCUGGGCUCCGCAAAGUCAAGCAGGCACAACAGGCAGCUGAGAAGACCAGGGGGAGAUCACAGAGCAUGUGGCUAGAGGUAGAGACAGACUCUGUAAGCAUUGCCACAACUUCCGCUAUGGGUGGCAUUAGCCAUAUACCGUUAAAACGUGCAAUAUCCAGCGAAAGCGGAUUUAAUUUCUCCAUUCCUGCUAAUCGUCGCAUGUCAUCAGAGAGCGGUCUAAGUUCCUCCCAGAACCUUAGAAGAAAUAACAGCAAGAGUAGCAGGAGAACUCUCAGGCCUUCGGAUUCUGUUGCUUCCAGUAUAGGCUCUAAUCUCAAUAGGGUUGGGGGUGCUCAGGAUCUAACAAAGGUGUUAUUAACAGAUGAUUACUUUAGCGAUAUAAAUCCGAGAUCAAUGCGAAGGUUGAUGAAUGUUGUGUACAUCACUGGCAGGUUGUUAAAGGCAUUCCACAUAGAUUUCAACUGGUAUCACUUAGCUUCAUGGAUUAAUAUUACUGAGCAAUGGCCAUACCGUGCUUCAUGGCUCAUCCUGUUCUAUGAGGCUAAUGAGGACACCCUAGAUGAUAAGUGUUCUCUCAAGGAUCUCUUUGAAAAAAUCAAGAACCAGGUUCCAAACUCCAAGGAAGUUGAGCCUCUCUUGGAGAUGGACAAAGAGGAAAAGAAAUUUGAAAUCUUUCUCUCUAUGCACAAAAGUUCCUUACAUGUAUCAGACCUCAAAGUCUUCCUUCCAUUCACCAUUAACCUGGAUCCAUUCAUUAGAAAGGUAAUCAAGGAGGAUCAGCCACAAUUUGAUGACAUGGGACCACAGUUCACCGCCAAUCCUACUAGUCCUUGGUCCUUCCAACAAUAUGACCCACAGAGUAAAGUUACUACAACUCCAAGAAGACCAGUAAGAGGUAAUCAGAAGAACUCUACAGCCACCAUGCCACCCAUGAAUCCACUCAUGUGGGGUUAUGGUCCACCAUUCCUUCCUUCCAUCCAGUCAGCCCCAUCAGUUGAUUUCAACCCUGUUCCCAUGAAUAUGAACACUGCUUCAAAUACUGCCAGUUUACCACCUGAAGCUGCAGAUAAAAAGCUCUCCAGCUUGUCCAUUGAAGGUUUGUUUGAGAUAUUCAGCAAGGUGGAAGGUGUUUCCACAGGCAUACUGCCAGCCUACAAAGAAAGAUUCAUUGAGCAUAAUAUCAAUGGAAAAGUUCUGCUGCAUUGUGAUCUGGAUGACCUGAAGAAGGUUUUGCAUAUGAAUUUCGGAGACUGGGAGUUGUUCCGUGUUCUGGUGCUUGGCUUAAGGGAGCGUGAAGCAGAUGAGGAGUUUAUUGCUAAAAACGUCAGAUUCGCUGAUACGCACAUUCAGCGGAAUAAUUCUCAGGAUCUAGAGGACAACGCAGCUCCGAGUAGUCUGUUGAGCUCUUCCAGUGGUGAAGGUUCUCUCAUGCGAAGGGGGUCAAGUCGGGCGUCAUCCACCAUGAGCAGUAACAAGGACAGAGAAGACCUUCAUGGAUCAGUGCGAAAAGUUACAAAGCAAAAUCUCCUAGCAAAGCAGGUACGUAACGUCGAUGUAGUCACCCCUACACAAGGCUGCUACUGCUCCAUUUCAUCAACCAAGCGUUGUUUACACUGCUUAUUUACCUCCAAAUUAUCUGAGAAAGUAGAUCAAGUUCAGCUGGGAGCUCCUCCACCUGGUGGUAGAGAACAAAAUGAUUUCAAGGACCAAGUAGAUCAGAGUGAUGCAUUUCUAUACUAGAGAAAGAUUUUAUAUGAUUCUGUAAUGGAACUCAUCCUACCUAUAAUUAGUGUUAAUUGCCAUAGUUUUAGAUUGUUGUUUUGCAAGUAAUAUCCUUGACCUCAGUAUUAUUUAUUAUAUUGAUACUAUUCUGUUGAUUAAUGACAGGGAAUGGAGCAGCUCCCUAGUUUUAUAGGAAAGACUGUUUUAUUGCUCAGUUAUUUUGUUGUGUUUCUUGUAGUUACUUGUUUUCAUAUAUUGAAAUAAUGAUAUUGUCUGGUAGACAUUUUGCAGUUUUUUCUUGUUAAGUAAACUUUUUUGUAAGUGCACCAUUUUGUAGUUUCAUUUUGUUUAAGGUCCAUGUUGAAUUUGCAGCAUAUACAAAGAAACCACUGUGUAAUGAUAUGAUUAUUCAAGAAAAAAUAUAAGAAAAUAUUUGAAAUUUUCACUUAGAUUUAAGAUAUCCGAAAAUCACCCAUGCUGCAUAUUCUGACAGAUCUUAAGUUAUUAAAAGUUGCUUUUGGCUAGUAAGCAUUGUAGAUUGCAGAGUGACUGGCAAUUCAUCUUCAUUAAGGGUUGACAGAAUGCUUUUUUCGCUCUUCUAUCUGUUUGUUGAUAUAUCCCUGCUAAAUUUGCUUUAAUGUAAAAGGUCUUGCUGAAUCACUGUUCUCCACUACUGUCAGUAUUUAAUUCUUUUGCAUUGUGAAUAUGGCCUACAUUUAUGCUGGUUGUUUUUAUACUUGCUGUUCAUAGUCAUAAUCUUAUAUUCUGUGGAAAAUUUUCAGCACCUAUUUUUCAUCUCUGUUUUAAUGCAGUUUGCUGCCAGUGCACGUUCUUGAAUCAGAGAUGAAAAUGUCACUUAGAUUUAUCUGAUCUCCCCAAAAAUGAAGUAUAUCCCUUUCCUGUUGCUCUUUCCCUGAUUGUUUUCGCAAUUCACUCUUGUACCAUAAUGGAAAUGGCCUUAUGAAUCCAGUCCAGCUUGAAUAUGAUAAGCAAAUAGAAAAGUAUAAGGAAUUUGAAAGAGUCUCAGAGAGAAAUGUAACUAAGAGAAGAUUUUAUGUGAUGUUGCAUGUUUGCGGAUGCACAGAUGUGACCAGCCUUGGACAUUGGUAUUCUGUAAAGAGUGAGACUUCUUAAGCUGCUAAGGAUACCUGCAAGCUGGGCAUUGUUGCAUGUGUUUAUUUGCAUGGUUUGUUAAGAGUUAAGGCUUGUAUAUAUUUCUGACCAAAUGUAGAUGCAGUACUCUAAUGGGAAAUGCUUGGAUGUUUAUUUGUUUCUGAUUAAUUCUGAAAGGUGCUUGAAUUAACUUAUAAUUUGGUAAGUCACAAAGAGUUCAACUCAUAAAUAUAUAUUGACUACAUGGUGUACAUAUUGUACUGAUGAAUCUGACCAUUCCAAAGACUGGCAGAAAAAAAACACUAUGCACAAAAGAAAUUUAUUAGGAGAUGAGACUGGUGUAUUGUUGUUUUUUAUGACAUUAUGUCAACAUGUGUUUUGGCAUUCAUUAUAGAGACUGCAUGUGUGGCUUGAAAUAUUUAUGAAUUCCUGAAAUUUGGUGGUGGUUUGGUCUAACAGAGCUCUGAAAUUUUCCCUCUACUUAAGAAAAUAAAAAAAUACUUAUGAGAUCUUUUACAACUGCUACACAAAAGUGCCAGUAUUUUUUAAGAGAGUAGUAUUCUGGAAAAUUCUUCAUUGGAGACUAGCACAGCAUGUUCCUGAACACAAGCUUUCUUGGUGAUGGGUAGAAAGAAGAUACAUAAAACACACACAACUCAAGGGUUUGUUAAACUGGAUUUGUAGGCAUCGCUCAAUGAGGCGUACCAGGCAUCCGACACUGAAGAAGAUCAUCACUUUACACCAGUCAAAGAGAAGCAGCUGUGGGUCUAACAACGGCAGCUGUGACAAGAUGAACAUCAACACCGGGAGUGGGUCUAAUAACCAGAAGCUCUGCUUCAAAUGUGUGUUCAUGUUUGAAAGUGGUUGUGGUACAAGUAUGAAAUGCUGCUGUAUGAGUGGAUUCGACUGCGACGAAACUUCCCAACAAGACGGUAGAUUACAAGAGACAUCUGAACUGAAUUACUAGUUUUGAUCUCAAUGUACAGUUCACAAGUUAAUUAUUAUAUAUGUUGUGGUGUUCAAUCCCUGUGAUGGUGAGCGGACGAGAAGUCAGUCUGGAGGCCAGUGAACUCGACCCCUUUCUUGGACUCCUUGCGAGAUACUGCAAGCCACUUGGGUUCUGCACAGACUACAAACGAGGUUCACCUGGGCUCAGCGUGGGACCAGCGUUCAUCGUGCUGUAUUCUUUUCUGCUGGAUUCCUUUUUAAAUCCAAAUGUUAAGUUCACAAAGAUGAUGGAAACAUCAUAUUAAUAAUGUGAUAAUGAAGUUUAUUUACAAAAUCCCUUUCUAUUUGUGAUUGUAUAAUUUGUAUGGGAUCAUUAUUGAAGUCUGGAUGCUGAAGCAUUUAUGUGAUUAUAAGAUUUAAUUUUCUAAAUCAGUUCACAAGAAGUAUUUUCUGAGAAGUGCUGUUUCUGUGUUUGUAUUUUGUAUGUGAAGCAUUGUUUAUACCAACUUGUCUGUUGUUACCAAUUGUUACCAUAAUUUUAUUCACAAUAGCUGUGAUAUUUGAUGUAAUUAUAUCAUUCCAUACAUUCUCAUUGUGAUUAAUAUAUAUUAUUUGACUAGUAA